UAAUUACGAUUAACUAAUUAUGAUUAAAUUAAAAAGCAAUUUCUAAACAAUAAGUUCCCAUGAAUAGUAAUCAAGUUAAUGACAUUUCAAAAUUGUCUCAUCAGUUUUAAUGGAUAUCCAAAAAAUCAAUAAAUUGUCCAUUAAUUUGGUUGUAAACAAUUAACAAUCUCCAAGCAAUUAGAUUAGUUUGUCUUCAAUACUGAAUAACAAUCGGUUAGGAAUCAAUAAAUGAAAUUGAAAACAAUUAAAUCUCCCAAUUAAUUGGUCAACCGAUAUGCUAAUUAUUUGCCAGUUGAUAGUUACAGCAAUUUGUUGAUUCAUUCAACAAUCAAGCAACAUGAUUAACAAUUACACCAACAGUUACCUUGGAAACAAAAACAAUAACAAAACAAAAGUAUCAAUGAUAAGGUGUGCUUCUGAUUUAAUCACAACUGAUCAACAAUUAAAUUGUUCUAAAACUAAAUCAUCAUGACUGAUUGGGAUUUAAUUGUUAAAGUUAAUCUUGAUGAUUUAGAUGAUGAAAAAGCUGAACUACUUUAUGAUCAACUGAUUGAGGUUAAUCCAUCAGAUGAAUCAAAUAUUGAUCUACUUCGAAGUGCAUUUAAAGCCGCUAAAUGUGUAAUGCAAGUGAAGGCGCUACAAGCGGAUGUGGCCGUUGAAGAGCUCGAGGAAUAUAUUAAAAAGAAUGACAAAAAUGAAUUGGAAAAUCUUAGAAAACAAGUUGAUUUGUAUAAAUCAUCAUUAGUUAAUCAACAUGGAUUAGACCCAAUGAGCCAGAUUAAAGAUUAUCAGAAUCAAUUAGCUGAUCUAAAGGAAACACUAGAAGGGAAAAACAAUGACCUGUCCCGAUCUAAGCGUCGAAUAGGGGAUUUGGAGACUAAAUUACAAUUAAAUGAGAAGGAAAUUGAAUCACUUCAAGAUGAGAUUAUAUCUCUUAAGGAAGAGAUGGAAACUCGUCAACAUGGUCUUCGAGAUUCUAUCGCUGAAACUGCUGAACCUUUGGAAAAACUUCGAGAAAAAAAUAAACAAAUUCAAAGUUUACUCGAUGAAUUGGACCUAAUGGAACGUGCUAACGUUGAACUGGCCCGUCAAGUGAAAACACUGAAAGAUCAACUGUCCCUUGCCACGAAUGAGGUCAAAUCAGCGGCCGAUGAAAUGGAAACCAUGAGAAAUCAAUGUUUGGGUAUACAAGAGAUGAAUGAAAAUCUAAUCAAAGAAAAAGAAUAUUUUUUAAAAGAAAAUGAUUCUUAUCGUAAACAAUUGGAUUCCAUUCAUGAGAAACAUGAUAAUACAACAAGUAAAUUAAAUGAUAAGAUGAAUGAGUUGAUUGAGAUGAUUAAGGAAAAAGACACUUUGAUUGGUCAACUAAAUGGUUCGAGAUCAAAUCAACCUGGACCACCAUCACUAAGCUCAAUUAACGAGAAAUCCAAUUCACUUUUACUUCAAGAAUUAACUGAAAAGAGUGAAACAAUUAACUAUCUAAAGGAACAAUUAACUGAAGCAGUGAAUACAAUUCAGGGACAGAAUGAGUUGAUUAAAAAGUUGACCAAACAAAGUAAAAGUCCAACAAAUGACCAGUCCGAAAUUGAUGGAAAUGUUGAACAAUCAAAGAAAAGGUGAAUUAACAAAUUGUUACUGAUAAUUGUUAUUGAUCAAUAUGAUUUAUCUCUAAUUUCUAAUUUCUAAUUCCUAAUUGUUUAGGUUGAACAAAUGAAGGUUAAAAUUGACCAACUUGAAGAUGA